AUGGGCGGAGGAUUCCCAGACUGUGCGGGAAGGAGCCAAUCUCCAGUAGAACAUCUUGGCGCCAAAGAUCUGAUCAACGUGAGCCUCGAGAACAAACCCGGGGACUCGCUCAAGGCCAACCUCCACCCCCCGGAGGAAACAGCAACGCCCUCGGCUCGCGGGCGGAGGCCUCUCGGGCAAACCUUCGAGCUGGACAGCUUCCACUUCCACUGGGGCGACGAAGACUCAAAGGGCUCCGAGCACCUGCUGGGAGCUGCGCGUUUCCCCCCGAGAUGCUUGGUUCACUUCAAGAGGAAGUACGGGUCGCUGAAGAACGCCCUGCAGUUUUAA